AUGGCAGUUAGUAAUAAUAAUAAUAAUAAUAAUAGUAAAGAACGCACCCAAAAUAUAAAAGAAGUGGAGGAAAAGUUGGGCGAGAAUCCAAAGAUUACUUUAAAAGGGGGAGGGAAAACUAAAAUCAUGGAUUUUGAACAGUUACGCAAGCCCCAUUGCGUAAGACCCAGUGCAAGAUUUCCAGUUGAAGAUACUGCCGGUGGUUUAUUGAGAACGGGUGGCCACAGGCCUCAGAUAAGUGAUGAAGAAGUCUCUAAAAGGCACCAUGAACAGUCUCAUGGACAAGAAGAUCAUUAA